AUGGAGUUCAAUGGCCUCGGCGAGCUUGGUUCGGGCUUAGAGCUCACCAUUGCUACCCCAGCACCAGCAGGAAUCGACCUCAACUCCUUCGGAUCCAGUGGUGGUAACGACGGGUCUAGCAACGAGAACGCGACGGAGCUGGCCCUCGUGGACACCUUCAAUAAUCACUCACAGCAUGGCGGACAAGAGGAGGACGCCCUGAUGAGGAGCGGCGUGGACGUGGAGGGCGAUGCCGGUGGCGGGUCAUUUGUGACACGCACCCAGUACAGGAAGCUCUCAAAGGAGCAGAGUGACGAGCUGGAUGCAGCCUUUCAGCAAAACAGUUUCAUAGACAAGAGGACGAAAGAGGCCUUGGCUGAGAGGCUCAAGAUAACGCCGAAGCAGGUGGAUGUCUGGUUUUUGAACCGCAGAUCCAGGUUGAGGAAGCAGCAGGCUGAGGAGGACCUUAUGCAGCAUAAGAAGAAAGUUGAAGAACUGACCAAGCAAAAGGACCGCCUCCAGCGCAAGAUAGACAAGCUCAAGAAGCGCAACAAGGAGCUAAAAGCGAAGCUUAAGGAAGCAACAACACCUAAGGCACCACCACCACCACCACCACAACCAUCACCAUCUGUCAUGCUGGUCCCUCUCCCGGCGGGGCUUAACACACUUGCAGGACUGUACCCCGGCUUCGAGGGCAAGGUGACAGACAUGGCAGCCGCGGCUGCAGCUGCCCUCAACACACAGCAAGGCAGUGCGGCCGCUGCUGCUUUACCCUCUUCUAGCGCUCCACCAGUGCCGCCUUCCGACGGCCGUUCCAGCAUCUGA